AUGAAGGUUGCAGCAAGUAAUUACUUUGCCAAUUUAUUUGGUGGCUCUCCUCGGCUUAGGCCUAUGGGAGAGAGAGGGUUCAAGAAGUUGAGCUCAAAAUCUUUUAUGUGUUUAGAAAGAAUGGUGUCAAUGGAUGAGGAAUUAGUAUAUCAGAGGAAACUAUUCAUUAGUAUAAUAUGUUGGGAUAUAUAUGCCUCCCACUACACCUCCACUACAACUAGGAGCGGACGCAUCUUAUGGGCCCCGUAUAGAGGAAUAGAUGAGAUCAGGAGGUACAUUAUCCGAUCGCCUAAUUUUAUGGCCUAUGGACAAUGGGAUUUGGAAUAA